AUGGUAUCAGUAUUAUCACCAGAAACUUUUAAAUUAAAUAAAUUGUAUCAUAAACAUAUCAUUUCAAAAUAUCCAAUUCAUGAGUCAAUUAAUCAUGUGCACGUAUUUUUUCUUCAUGUAACAAACCAGUGGGAAGUUUAUCGAGCAUAUGAAUAUGAAACAACAGAUAAUCUUGGAAAUUUGUUUAGAGUUGAAGUUGAAGAGGCUCUCGUCAUUCAUAAACAACAUGCCAAAUUAUACGACUUAGAAGUAGCGGAGGGAUUGAGCAAAACCAACAACAGGAUUUAUUUAGAUGUGAAACAAUAUCAACGAGUCCAUGUUCUUCAAUAUGCUACAACCGGAAUGAUAAUUAGUGAAUAUGAGGAAGAACGAUUAGCCGAGUAUCAAUAUCAAUUAGAAUUAGAUGUAUUCAAUCAAUGGGAAUAUUAUAGCGAACGUGAAAAUCAACAAUCGACUGAAUUGGCUUUGGGUUGA